AUGAGAGAGUUAGAAGAGACAGUAAGGAAGAGGAAGAAGAAGACGAGACGAAAUGACUGGAGACAGUGUCUUUUGUAUGAGAAUCAAGCGUUUCUUAUACUAAACAAACCUUAUGGAUUAGCAGUUCAGAGUAGCUCAUGGUUGAUCGAGUCAUUGGAUCAAUACUUGCCGUCAAUUGCAAAGUCAUUCACAGACAAAUCUGAUCCGUUACAGCAAGAUAAAGAUGAACAACAGACAUCAAAGGUGGUGCAUCGAUUGGAUAUGAACACGUCGGGGGUGCUGGUGUUAGCACGCUCUCGACUUGCAGCUGCCAAAUUCUUCCAACUACUGCGACAUGGUGCCGUGCAAAAAACGUAUGAAGCGCUAGUGUCAGCAGCAACCUCACCCUUAUCAUCAGAUAACAACUACAGCAUGUUGAAGUUUGAGGACGAGAGAUUAAACACCAUGUAG